CAUCCAAGGAAAACGAAGAGGAAAGAGCUGCGUGAAAACCCUGACAAUGGAGUCAGCGUAGAAGAUCGAUCUCUCUCUCACUCAUCAAGACUCGCUUUGCGGAAUCGAAGCUUCCCGCUCGGAAAAUGUACGGCGCGGAGAAGCCUCCCGGCGGCGAGUCGGAGCGGACGGCGUUCAGGCAAGCCGAGAAGAAGUACAAGCUCUACUACGACGACGGUCCUCUCAAGUCAUCGAGAAAGAAGAAGCGGGCCAAACCCGUGGAUGUAUCGGACGUGAUCGAUUUCGAGGCCAUCUCGGAGGCGCACGAGCGGGGCGGUGAGCUUCCGGUCGGCGUCGCGGUGGUUCGGUGCGGUUUCGGUCGGCCCGUGUUCUGCUUAGAGGGUCGGCCCGGAUUUUAUUUCAUUCCCGGGGCAUUGAGUCUAGAAGAACAGUGCCAAUGGAUGAGGGAGAGUUUACUCAGCUUCCCGCAACCGCCUAAUAGAUCGAAUCAUAAUGCAAUAUAUGGCCCUCUACAGGAUCUCUUUGCCGCUGCAAAAGAGAGGAAGGUUUUGGUCAAAGACGAGAGUGAUGGAGAUCGUCCCACUUGGAAAUUCGUUGAUGAAGCUGAAGUUCCAUUGAGAGGAAAUGGUUGCACAUCGUAUCCGGCCUCUGCUCUUUUACGGAAGCUACGAUGGAGUACCCUUGGCCUUCAGUUUGACUGGUCUCAGCGGAACUAUGAUGUGUCUCUUCCACACAAUAAGAUCCCCGAUGCACUCUGUCAACUGGCUAAAAGACUGGCUACUCCAGCAAUGCCUAGGGGAGAAGAAUUUAGACCUGAAGCUGCAAUAGUGAAUUACUUUGCAUCAGGUGAUACUUUGGGUGGUCACCUUGAUGACAUGGAAGCAGACUGGAGCAAACCUAUAGUUAGCCUGAGUUUGGGAUGCAAAGCUAUCUUUCUUUUGGGAGGGAAGACUAGACAGGACAAUCCUAUAGCAAUGUUUCUUCGAAGUGGUGAUGUUGUACUUAUGGCCGGAGAAGCAAGGGAAUGCUUUCAUGGUGUUCCCCGGAUCUUUACAGACAAAGAUACUGCCGAGAUCACUCCGCUUGAGUUGCAUUUUUCGCGUCAAGAUGAUUGUUUUCUGCUGGAGUACCUCAGAAGCUCAAGAAUCAACAUCAACAUCAGACAAGUCUUUUAGAGUGUACGACUAUACGCAGCCAAAGUCCAUUUUCAACGCAGUUCUUUAUUCUUUGAUAGCUAGUGUAGUGUUUGUUGAGCAGAGGAGAAAAAAUACCAACUUUGCGGGAGCCGUAUUGAAGUGCAACAAAAAAAUAAGGAGGAGAGGACAGCUAAAGAUAUUCGACCUGACCGGUUAAUUAAGACGCGUGCUUAUGCAAAGUUAUCAAAACACUACAAGUUCUGUGGGUCUGCUCCUGAGGAUUUCAAUUAUUCCUUGCUGAGUCGAACAAGUCGUUAAGGGAACUUCGUUAGCCCGUUUUGGUUUAGGUGACAUUCUGUUCUAUAACAAUGUAUUGCGUUUCCUCAUACAAACUCUAAUUUGCUGGGUGGCCCCAUUAUGGUCUUGCGAAGCUGGGCUUCACUUUAUAGUUUUUUCCCAUCA